CACUUCCUCCUCUUCUGUCUUUCACCUCUUGCCUCCUGUUACCAUCUUCCUUUUCUGCAAAUAGUCUGGUUUGCUUUUUGUACGCAGCAUCAUGAAGCCAAUGAGCCAUAUCUGGGGUCUCUCCUUGGUCUUGUCUCUGAGUUUGGGAUGGACAAAGGCCCAACAGACAAAUUUCACCAGGCCUGUGUUCUACUGCGGAGGAGACAUGGUUGCUGAAUCAGGCUUUGUUGGAAGUGAAGGGUUCCCAAGCUUCUACAAACCAAACAGCAAAUGUGCCUGGCGCAUCACUGUCCCAGAGGGAAACGUGAUAACGCUCUCCUUUCGCAUUUUUGACCUCGAGGCUGACUCACAAUGCCGCUACGACUAUCUGGAUGUUUACAAUGGACAUUCCAACUUGGUGCAAAAACUGGGUCGCUUUUGUGGAACUUUCCGACCUGGAGCGCUCAUUUCAACCACAAACAUGAUGAUGCUGGAGAUGGUGACUGAUGACGAGACGCAGAGUCGAGGAUUUCUGGCCUAUUUCAGUGCAGUCAAACCCUACGUAUCUGACGAACAGUUCUGUGGGGGGAGGAUGACAAAAGCCCAGGGAGAGAUCAAGACACCCAACUGGCCCGACAAAAAAUACGAACCAGGAACAAGCUGCUCCUGGCUGAUCACUGUGGAGCCCAAUAUGGUGAUCCACGUGAAUUUUGAUAAGUUUGCCGUGGAGGAUGACGCUUAUUGUCGCUUUGACUAUGUGGCAUUCUUUAAUGGCGGAGAGAGGGAUGACUCACGUCUGAUUGGAAAAUACUGUGGCGAUCAGGUCCCAGAACCUAUUGUUACCAGCGGAAAUGUGCUACUGGUCCAGUUUGUGUCAGACCUCAGUGUGACGUCUGAUGGGUUCCUCGCCCACUUUACCAGCAUGCCACGUGGUUCUCAGAUACCAACAGUCAACUCAGGACAGACUACAAGAUACAGUCCUCCAGUACCUUCUGUCAAACCUGCACAUCCUUCUACCCCGAUAGAAACAACCACCAAAUAUGUGCCAGCUCCUGUCCCCAAACCAGUCAAGCCCACUAGAGACCGUAAUGCAAAGCCAAAUGGAAAGAGGCCUGUGCCUCAAAAUCCACUCUGUGCCAAAGCCUGUAAAAGAAAUGGAACAAUCAAGACUAGUUUCUGUGCCAGUGAAUUUGUAUUAACCGGGAAGGUGACCUCUGUGGCCCCGAGGCCCCGAGGUGCUAUUCAGAUUACUGUGUCCCUCAUCAAGGCCUACAAAGCAGGCCGGCUAACCAUAACACAAGUUGGAGAGACCAUGUCAGUUAAGCUGAUGUCGCAGUGCAAGAAGUGCCCGCUGUUCCGCAAAGGUGUCAACUACAUCAUCAUGGGUCAGGUGAAUGAACAGGGACAAGGUACCCUGGAACCCGGUGCAUUCACAGCUCUCUACAAAGCCCCACACCACAAAUUGUUAAUGAAUAUCAGCCAACAACCCUGUUAACCUCAAAUACCCGUCCAGACCAGAAAAUGGAAACACAAAUCUAGACAUUUUAAUGUGAAAUGCAGCUCUUUCAAAGCACUAUAUAUAUGUUAUACAGGAAUACAUAACUUCAGUGUUGUACCGCAAAAUAAUUAAAAGGAAGGCAAUUGUAAUGUCUUAUUCAAAACUCUGCCAAACCUUGUGUUUGUAAUUUAUAACCGAAUAAAGGUUUUAUAUCUCUUUCAUUUUA